UAUAUAUUGUUUAUCGUAAGAAUCAUGUGCUAAUUCUUAUCGUUUAUCAUAUUCUUUAUCCAUAAUCAUCAUCUUUUUAUUUGCCCUUGUUCUAAACUAAGGCCGAUUUUUUAAAAUAUCCAUUUUCCAUGUCGUGUUUUGUAACAAAGUUUUAUUUCAAAGCCAAUCUAAAUAUGUCACUAAAUAACAACUUGCUGUAGUUUAUCAUGUUUUGUUUCUUGCAAGCUGUAAUUAAGUUCUAAACUUUCUUAAUUCACGUUGAAUGUCAACAACCAUUUACAAACACAGGCGCACUUUUCACUUUCGUAACACCUUGGAGAGUGUUAUUGUCCUGUGCCAAGGUGUCAUCAACACUUUCCCUUCUCUCGAUACCGAUCAAACGAAUGGAGAAUGGAAGACUGUGGCCAAGUAAACAAGAUACACACAUUAAAAAAAACUGCCCCUUACAGCAAGGAAGAAGAAACACGAGGGUUGCAAUCGUACGGAGACUGCGCCGUGGAAGCUUUUAUCAUCUCUAGCGAUUCACAUUAUUGCUCACUGUCUUUCGUUGUAGAAAACUCUGCAACCCAUAUUAGCAUCAUAAAGUGUUGCUUUUGUUUCAAUAAUGGGUUUAGUUAAGUUGUAAGGAUAUAAUUCGUGGUGCUUCUGUUAAUAGAAACAACUGUAUGGGAAAUAAUUAAACGAAACAAGAUAACAACAAGGAAUCUAGGAUCGGUUUUACUAGUAGGAGUAUACUAUUCAUUUUUAAAUUACUUUUUUCCGCAAUCGACGGUUAUGUUCUUUCCACACGUACAGUACGAUGGGCAACAAUGAAUGAAUAUUGUCCAAAACAAUGAAAAGAGAGUGAUUGUACACGAGCGUGAGAGUGGAAAAUUCACAGCAUCCAGCACACCAUGCAGGAUCACGAUAAACCAUUGCAAGUGGUCACUGCAGCACGUGUGCAGAGCAUUCACAGAAUAACACGAGAACAUAACAAGAGCGGAAACGGUUAGCUGUGCAUUGCUCUCCGGUAUGAAUCCGGCCAGGGGAAACAUCGUGUUGCAUUUUGCCAAAAAAAAAAAUGGGAAGAAAAUUGGAGCUACCAUGGGGAAGCAGUAUAGCCGAUUAUUGUGCCUUAGCUCGCUAUCUCGGCACUCGGCAAACUCCCGGAAAAGUUACGUCAACCCGACGGUUAGCAUCUCUGGCUUGUGCGCCACGAUUUGCUGGGUUGGGUUUCGCAGAUUCCAACCAGUCCGCGGCCGUUCCAGUCGAGGCUGGCGUUUUGAAUCGAUCGGUAGCAUUCGGUAGCUCUCUGUAGCGCCACACAGUUCGGCACGGCAUUUCCGCACGGCGGGACAUUAUCUUUAGUGCUUCUUUGUGUCGUUCGUGAAUGUGCGUGGAAGUCCAAUUAGAGUAAUUCAUUUCGUCACCUUGCCUUAUAGCUUUUUAGAACAAAUUCAUAACCAAAUAGUGCGUUAAAACAUUUACUACUACGCUGCGUAAUAAGCUUUGAAAAAGACUCCGAGACACAAACCACCAUCAUGUUUUCCUGUUGUCGUUGCGUAAAUCCCAAAUCUCCAAAGCUGAAGGAAAAAUCUGCUUCCGGCAGAGGGGAUAAGCUAUCAGAUUCGGACGAUUCCCACGAGGAGGAGGAAAAGCAAUCAAAGCAGCAAAAUGAAACGAACGCGAGUGCCUGUAAAAUUUCGGCUGUGGACAAUCUCUCACAGGACGACGAGGAAAUCAAGAUAGAAAUAAUUGAAAGCUCCGAUAAUCUACAAUCGUACUCGGGCUGCUCAGCGGCUACAACGGCCGUACUGAACGGUUCAUCUCCAGAGCCGAAAGAUACGGAAAAACAUGAAUCCGAUGUACAACGCGAGGACAUACAACCGGUAGACAUCCCUCUGCCGUGCAACAGGCCCGAUGAGCAAGGCAAUCAAUCGAAUUGUCUGGAUACUGAUGAAAAAGCUGCAGAAGAUCCUGCUGCUGAUAAUGUCGGGGCUGGUACAGCUGGAUCGACUUCUUCGUCACCGGCGAGCAAAACGCUUUCCAGUACGGAACGAGGCCAAACGGAUCAAUCGGGACAAUCGUCGGGAAUGGUUACGGAGAUUGAAACGAAACUUCCAAAUGAGUCCACCGAUGCGGAUUCGACCGGUGAUGCGACCAACACCCCACAAGAAAUACCAACCACUGUCGGUGAGUUGGCACAGGAAGAUGAAGCAGAAGAACGGAAGGAUCAGCUGCAGAAAACCGGCGCAGAACCGUGUGACCAGCCCGGCGAGGAAGGUGAAAAGUCCAUGAGCGAAAAUCUAAUCGUACCCGAACCCAAAUCACCUAAUAAUCAUGUACCAUCGCGGAAAAACUCGAAUGAAACUUCUCCUCCUGCAUCGCAAGGUGACCAGAAUUUAUCGUCGUGUUUGGAUGAAAAUACUAACGAAGAGCGACCGAAGCAUCAGGGACAGCAAGAUGAUGAGCAUGGAAAACGAGCUUUAAUUGAAGAAUCAUCGCUCGGGAAUGAUACGGUUGUGCACGAAGAAAAUCAAUUAUCACAAGAAGAAGAGAAAAUCAUUGCCGAUCAUCAAUCGUCAGACAGCUUCCAGAUCAAUGAUGAGCCUACAACUAACACUGCCAAUGUUCCGGAAGCGGAACCAUCUACCGAUUCUUUACGACCAUCGCCACCAUCAACGUCCGACGAAAUGGCUGAGUUUGAUGACGAAAAGCAACAUUUAUCACCCGUAGUAUCUAAGAUGGAACGCCUUAAAAGUGAACCGAGCAAUAGCGAAGAAACAAUUGAGGAGACAAUUGACGUGGAACGUUUCUUACCGCGUCAGGUUGAUGAUAGCAAGAGUGAUGACGAUAAUCCACUCAGUAGCUCUAGCGAUGGAGAACGUAGCGAUAGCGGUGCUGCUACCAUUCCCAUCUCUAACGACGAUGGACAGGAACCACGCAGUAGCGCCACCAAAGAUGUUCCGCGAGAAUUGGCUGGUGUUACUGUUGGGGAUAAAAUUGUUGAUCCCCCGGAGGAAGAUACGGGCGGAACGAUGGUAUCAUUGACUCCAUCACCACCGGAAGCAGAACCUGUCGUGUCGCCCGAAAAUGAAGACAACGAUGCCGCUAGCAGCAGCAAUAACAAUGAUCAGGUUUCAAAAAAUUCGAGCGAAGAACGCGAAUCAAACAACGACGAUACAUCGACAUUGUCCGAAUCGGUCCCAAAUACAGCAACCAACGGUGGUAGUCCUUCCGGGAUCGAGGGUGACAACAGCAGCAGCCGCAAAGAGUCGGUCAACAGUGACGACACUACGAUCCGGACGCAGGUUUCCUUCCGCGAAAGUUGCCUUUCCCGGCGAUCGUCGUCGAAGUCGUCGAUCAAAAAGAAGGUAGCCUAUAACGAUAGCACGGAGGUAAUUCCACCACCAGAGUAUCCACCACCGGAUGAUGAUGAUUCGGUGUUUUCUGACUCGGUGCCCCCAAAAUUGCCACGAGGUGAUAUGUGCACACCGUACGCCACCAAACGGGGCUCACUGCCGGGCAUGAUAGCCCUACCGGACUGGUUUGCCGAGGAUCGAUUGAUGAUGGAAGAGGGUGGCAUUAUGGAGCCACCCACUACGCCCAUAGGACGCGAUGAGCUGGCAUUACGCAGGCAUCGGUUUUUCUCGGAAUUGCUCAACGCUGCCCAUGCUGCCGUGGAGCAUCGUGUUCGCUUUGAUCCGCUGGGACCAGAAAUUGCCAAGGUUCCGACGGAGGAGGAAUCAGAGGAUUGUGAUCCAGACCUCAAACCUUCGUCGGCUCGUGAACUCGAGUGUUUAAUCGAUCGGCUAGAACGUAUUGUGGAUCGGCUCGAACGUACCGUGUCCGCGCGCGAAUUGGAAGAAACACGACGCAUACUGAAGGACGCGUGUAUUGUCGGAAAGGCAGUGAUCCGCUCCAACACCAGUACCAAUACAGAAUAUCAAGCAUCGGCACGUGCUGUUGGGUUUACCGCGAACGAAAAUACCGACCAGUGUGACGAUUUACCAACGGUUCUUCCUUCGACACCGCCACCAUCGGCAUCGUAUCUCCAUCAGCAGGUAGACAGUUUGGAAAGCAGCCUGUUUCCCGAGUUUGUUGCCAGCCAACCGGCAAAGGAACGCCACCGAGAUCCAAUCACUGUAAUACAAUCCCAAACUCCUGAUAUAUUAAACUAUACUAAUCCAUUGACCACCCAAGAGCAAGGCACCGCAGUAUUGUCAUUCUCCUCCUCGCAGCACGGCACCGUAGCGGUACAGGCGGGCAAGAUGAGUAUUAACGCUUACGAGGAUAUUAUGCUUGGCUCAUUCGCCAACUUUAUUGCACUGUCGGGCAAAAUCGGUGGAGAUGUGGCCACCCAAGCCCAAUUCGUAAAGGAAGCAUUUGAUGCGCAGUUUGCGUUUCUGAAGGUGGCGGCCGCUUCGAGUGCACCAUCGAAUACGGAUUUACAGAAUUUGCUAAAACCUACCUCGGAUAAGAUUUCGACUAUCCAAAGCUUCCGCGAGAAAAAUCGAACCUCACCGUUCUUCAACCAUUUGUCCGCGAUUAGCGAAAGUAUCCCGGCACUCGGAUGGGUCUGUGUGGCACCUACACCCGGUCCGUACGUAAAAGAGAUGAACGACGCCGGUCAGUUCUACACGAACCGUGUGCUAAAAGAUUGGAAAGAAAAGGACAGCACCCAUGUCGAAUGGGCUCGCGCCUGGAUUCAAACGUUGACGGAACUGCAGCAGUACAUCAAGCAACAUCACACCACUGGUUUGGUGUGGUCUGGUAAGGACAAACCCACCAUGGGUGGAGCUUCGGUUCCACCACCACCACCGCCCGGUGGUCUUCCUCCACCACCACCAGUGAUGCCGCUAAUGGACCUUUCCGCCGGUGGUGUUGGCGACGAUCGGAGCGCAUUGUUUGCUCAGAUUAAUCAGGGCGCUGACAUCACGAAAGGAUUGAAAAAGGUAACGUCAGACAUGCAAACCCACAAAAACCCUGCCCUGCGAUCGGGUCCUGCACCGUACAAGGCACCGGCAGGCGUGACGAACGGUACGAAAUCGGUUGCUUCGCCAGCAGUCGCCAAACCACCGACCUUUACGCGCGAUGGCAAGAAAUGGCUUAUCGAGUAUCAGAAGAACAAUACCGGUCUUGUGGUGGAAAACGCGGAGAUGAACAAUGUCGUAUAUAUGUUCCGCUGCGAAGGUUCGACCCUACAGAUCAAGGGCAAAAUCAACAGCGUUGUGAUGGAUUCGUGCAAGAAGUGUUCCCUUGUAUUCGAUUCGCUCGUAGCAUCGGCUGAAUUCGUUAACUGCCAGAGCAUGCAGAUGCAGGUCCUCGGUAAAGUACCAACGAUUUCCAUUGACAAGACUGAUGGCUGCCAGAUGUACCUAUCGGCGGAUUCACUCGACGUUGAGAUUAUCAGCUCGAAAUCAUCCGAAAUGAACGUGAUGAUUCCGAAGGGAAGCAGUGGAGAUUAUACCGAGCAACCGAUUCCGGAGCAAUUCAAAACAUUAGUGAAGGGCGGUUCCCUUAACACUACCUGCGUAGAAAGUCUUGGUUAAGGAGAAAACCUUACCAAAACAACGUAACACCCGUUCUGCGAUAGGAACUGAACCGAUCGUUGUGUCGUCUGGUGUUCUGGUGGCCGUUUUUCGCUGUGAAAUUUUGUGCGUGAAAAAUGUGUUUUUUUUAUUAUUGCAAGAGUAAUAAUACUUUUCCGAGUUCUUUUUUUCAUGACGUUGGAAAAGCAUGUAAGAGUUAAAUAGUAAUUGCAAACAGUAUCUAGAAAUAACGAGAAAAGCGCGAACAAAAAGUAUCCCAAUAUCUAAAUACAUAAUUUUAAUGCCAGUACAGCAAAAAAGAAAUGCAAUCAAGAUUGUAACAGUUAGGAUCGCUGGAAAGCGACGUAGAUCCGGCGUUGUUGAUCCAGUAAAGAGAGGGGGAAAAAAACAAAACAUUUUAUAUAGCAAACAAGCGACGGGAACCAACCAUCUUCAAACUAAUCCAACCCAACGUAUAAAGCACCAAAACCUGUGUGCUUAACGAUUCACAUUUAUUUUGUAAUCUUUUCGCGUGCCCUUUUAUCUAAGCAUAUUUCUUCAUCCUUCAGCAAGAGGCGUGGUGUGUAAUGUUAUCGUUUUUUUUAUCACCCUGAGCAUUAUAAUUUCGUACAGGACGUUCCUGUUUAAUUUUUAUUGUCGUGACAUUGAAAAGAAAAACGUGUAAAAAUAAUUGCUUCCUUUUAUUAUAGAUUGUUCUACCGAGUUCGAAAUGCAUUUUACAAAAAUUUAUAUCAUCAAAAGAAAACAAAUGAAUCACACUUGCUACACAAUUAAUCACGAUAGUCUGACCAAAACGAUAUACAAUUCAUUCGAGGAACUAUGUCCAUCGUUCAUAAAGUUAUUGGAACACAGCAAAGUCAACAUAAAUAAAGAAGUGUAGCUAUUCAAAGCUAAAAACGAAAA